CCAAGGUGUUUUUUAUUCGCCUCGUCCUAUCAGUCAUAUUUCGCCGAUAUGGCGUCCAAAUAUGGGUCCAGACCAACGGGUACUGAUGGGAGUGACUUCUGGCACCGUGAGAGUGUAGCAUGGCAGUACAAACACAGUUCACUGAACAAGUCACGCUUGAAGAUUGUGCUAGUGAUACAGAUACUGGUAUGUUUGAUGUUGGUGGUGCGAGUCCUGCCAGGAAUUACUGCCUUCUUAGGACUUGGGCUGUUUGAGCGACUAAAACACUGGGACUUCCCUGCACCACGUCCGUGGGAGUACCUCUGGAUCAUCAACUUUAUGGCAGCCAUAUUAGGUCUCAAGUCACUCCCAAAGAACGACAUACCCCUUUUGAGGCAGUAUGUAAUAGGAACAGUAGUUUUCGGAAUUUGUCCCAUUGCCUAUGGAGUUUUUGAUCAAAUAGAUGAUUUGUACGCAUACUUGAAUGAGAAGAAAUCCAUUGGUACACUUCAGGGAUACCCAGCAGUAAUUGUAUGGUUUAUGUUUCUUACCAUGGCUAUUCAGCUACAUGGAUUUGGACUAUAUUUUGCAAGACAGUUAUAUAAAGCUUGGAAGCCAAGAUCCCAAAAGAAGAGAAAUUGAAAGUUAUUUCAUAUUUUGUUCAUUAAUUUUGUAUUAAGUGUGCUUGUUUAAUUUGUCAGUUUGAAAUUGUGUUUGUUAAUAUGUUCAAAAGUAAAUCUGAUUUUCUUCAUAAUACUGGCAUAUUUUUAUAAACAGUAGAAUCAUGUUGAUUACAACAUAAUAUUUCUGGUAAAUUUUUGUAAUAAAUCACUUGUUCAAUAUUUCAUACUCUGUGACAAGGGUAGUUUAAUCAGAACUGUGGAUGAAACGUUGCAGAGAAAGAUAACUUGAUUAGGAAGACAAGAAAAUCUCAAUGACAGUAAAUUAAAAAUUGAAAAGAAAUGCAUAUUUUCGUUAUGUUUUAAAAUUUGUUAGAAUGAAAAUAUAAAUGCAAUAAAAAGGCUGCAGUUAAUUGUAUAUUGACAUGGUUUUACCGUAACUAGAAAUACAGCAUCACAAUGAUAUGGUCGACCUAUACCUGAAAUGUGCCACUAGCAUAUCAAUCAAGUCAUUUUUUUCCAUUGUGUAUGAUACCAGGUAUAUAUGCUCACCAAACCAUUCCGGCCUGGUACACUCUGAGAGAGUCAGCUGGAAAUUUAUCCCUCGUAUUUCCAUAAGCUUCCAUAUAUAGUUAUAUUGUGUAUCAUGUGUUUGCACACAGUUAUCCUUUUGUUGCAUAUUUUGAUUUUCAAGAUAUCGUACUUUUUGUUCCAAGUAUUGUCAUUAAAAACAUGAUUUUUGGUGCAUUUUGUAUUUAAUUGUUUAUUGACCUAUGUCAUUCAUUAGAGUAUUUAUUUCCAUUACCUGUAGAUCAUAGAAAGCAUUAUGGUUGAAAAAUUAUUUAAAACAGUUCUCUUCAAACACUUUUGAAUUUUUUUUUUUUUUAAACCGAAACAGUUUCUGCAGCAGUAUGUACAUAUGAUCAAUAUUUACUCAAAAUAAAAAUGAUAAAAUUUUUGCAGCACCAAUAUUCAUGUGGAUGUAGUACACAGGUAUAUUUAUGACUAAUUAUACUGACCUGGCCUAACUUCAUAAUUACUUCAAAAAUUUGUUGUGCAAUAUAUGCCUGCAGUGGUAACAGACUUUAGUAAAAUGUGAGCCAUGAUCACAAUUUCAUAAUCAGGAUUUUUUUUUCACUACAUCAGCCAAUUAGGUCAAUCUCCUGACAUUACCAAGUCUGAAUUUAACUCUUUAAAAUGAUCCUGCAGGUCCUAUGUAAUGUCAUUAACACACAAAAAAAAAAUCCUCAAAAUUUGUAUUUGGGAUGUUAAAGAUGUAUUCCAAAAUCCGAAGAAGAUUUUAGAAAAAAAGUGCUUGAAUUCAUAUUGAUCAAGGAGACAUCGAGCUAGUAUGUCAAAAAUUACAUUAAAAUCAGACCGGAGAAAAAUGGUAUAUCAAUACAAUUUGUAUACAUUGAAAUAACACUAACAUUACACGGAAGCAAAAUAGAACUGAAAUGUGAAAUAUUUUUUAAACAUUCUAUGUAAGGGUUUGGCUUUUUAUACAUCAUAGAACAUUGUGUAGUUACGGAUUUGUUUGUUCCUGAAGUGGCACUGUAUGAUUUUGUUACCUGCUGUUCAACAAUGUGUUCAUAUUGUGUAUCCUUUUAGCCAUUUACUGUUGAUUAUUACACUGUGUGGUAUAUAAGUUACUUUUGAUUGUUGUAGUCUGAGUGGAUAUUGUGUUGUAUGGGUUAUUUUUUAAUAUUAUGCUUUGUUAUUGUUGUCUGUGCUUAGGUUUCUGGUGUACAUAUAUGUGCUGUUGUUGUGUCUCUGCAGUGCUUUAACAGUAUUUCGAAACUUUUUCAACUGUAGAAGAGAAGAAUCAACAGUUAUAAGAGAUACCAUUUAAACUAUGGUAAUGAUGUCACUAAUAAUUUUAAAAAUAUUUUAUUAUUGAAGAAAGAUGUGUCAUUAUAGAGACUGUGUACACUAUCUAAAAUAACAUCUUGAAAUUCAACUACAAAAUUAUAUUUUAGACGACAAAUGCAACAUUGAACUAAUAUUAUUCACUCUAUGAUGCAGACUAGUAUAGUGCUAUCACAGGGGCAUGGGAAUUAUGACAAAGCAAGGCAUUACGUUGUUAUGAAUUCUGUUGUGUAUAGGUAACAUACCAAACUCAUCAGUUCAAUAAAAUGGAUAUUGUGAUGAAACAAGGGAGGUAACUCCCCGAAUUUUUACUACAUGAUUGUUGUUCGAUGACUGUCUUUGCUUGUCUCUCUUGGUACACAAACUUCAAUGUUUUAGUUCUUUUGUACAAUCAUUAGAAUAAUCAUACAAUGUCUCAACCUUACACUGUCACAAUUCUCAAGUACCUGUGUUGGUUAAUAAAAUAGGAGCUAUGAGAAUAUAUUUAAUAAUGUUUUGCUCCAAAAAAGUAUUAUGAACUCAACAUAAGUAUGUCAGGACAGAUCUCUUAUUAUUGUAUAGAUGGUUAGCAAUGUACAGUAAAACUUUGUGAUAAGCUUGAAAUUUAAAAUUACUGUGUUUCAGAAUAUUGCUCAAAUUAUAUAAUGUUCAUGUGUACAGGAUACCUGCACUUGGUAGGUUGGAUGUUGUAUUAUUUAUGAAAUCAAAACUUCGUUGUAGUACACAGGGUAGUUCGAUGUAUUCACAUUGAGUUUGACAAGUUACUAUUCCUGUCGAAAUGUAUCUUUAUCUGUUGUGUAUGAUGAAAAAAAAUGGUAAUUUAUACUGAGUCAAGUAUAUUAUAUUAAAAAUUUUGUUAAAUGAUAAAAUGCUACCUGCAAAUAAAUUGAUGACAAGAAUUGAAGUCUACAGGUGCUCUAAUAUACUUUGUUAAGGAGAUCUAGGUUUAAUAAUACCAGUGCAGACAAAUUUCCCUAUUAACAUUACAUUCUGAGUCUAUGCAAUCAGGGAAUUGAUAUAUGAAAUCCUGUUUUAUUAGAAUGCAGAUUAUAUUUUUUAUGAAGAACCUUGAAAUUCAUUUAUAUAUAUGAAAUUUUCUUAUGCACUUAGCAGAAUAAGUAACUUAGGCACUUUCUUGUUGUGUUGAAUGUGACCGUUAAUUUUGUUUUAUAGUUGAGAAUUUUAAUUGGUGCAAUAGCAGUUUUUUCUUUACAGGUUGAAGGGCUUCAGCAAAUGUGUUUUAAAUUUAAGCACUGUCACAUGUACAUAAAUACCAACGGGCAUUUUAGACAAUAUUUUUGUUCAAACCCAAACUGUCAGUGUGAUGUUUUAUUUGUUAUGUAAGUUAAAGUUCAGUGACCUUCCCUAUCAUUAAUGUGAAGUCAUUCAAACUUGAUUGCGUUAUUCAGUUGAUUUCUAUAUCACGAGUUAUUUGAAUGAACUGCUGAUUACUGGGUUUAGUUUCGCCACUGUUCCUACUUUCGCUUUGUACAGCUAUAGGCUCUGGACCUAAACUUGUGCAUUACAUAAUGGAAGAUAGAGUCUAGAUAUAUGUACAAUAUAUAGAUCCACAAAGACUUGUAAAUUUAUAUUGAACCUAUGUAAUUUCACUCAGGAAAAAAAAAUAACGAAAAGAAAAAUACACAUACUGAAAUAUACUUCUUGAGGCAUGUGAUCUUAAAGAUUUACUAAAUUUCUUAUCUAAAGAGAUAAAAUAUCUCCAUUUCUCAUGUAGUGUCGCUUAUAUUUUCGACAGAAAAAAACCCAGUGUUUUAAAAAAGAUGGUAUACACAGGUUUUAUAUUAUAUAAAGCUUUUACAUAGUGUGUACUUUGUAGGUAUAGCCAUUUAAACCAGCAGUUAAAAGAGAUAGUGCUCUUUUUAAAAAUAUUAUUUACCUAUCAGAGUUUCCCUGUAUCACAAAGAACUUUUGUGAAAUGUGAGUUGAUUUAUUGAAACAUAUGACCAUGCAUUAUUCUGUUUUCCAAUAACAAACUGUCACGUAAACAUUACAAACAUAUGUUCAAAUUAUGAACCCUAUUUCCUGGAAUAAUGUGCCAACAAAUAUAAGGACUGUUUAUGGAAACCUAUACACCUUCCCAGUGAAUGGCUCUAGAUUAAUAAUUUCCUGCAAAUUUAAGGAUGAAAGAAACUUUUACUUGUACUUUAAAUAAAAAAGAGAAGUGCUUUUGUUUAAGUAAAUAUCAUGACAGCCCUGUAUGCAUUUUGUAAGAAAUACAUCUUAAGAGUUAACAGAAGCUGUGAAAACAGAACCAAAUCGUCAAAAGUUAGCAUGAUUUGGUUUACUUACAGGGCACCUAUCAACAUUCAUCGUGGCUACGUUUACCUUUUUGCAUGAAAAUAAAUCACAUAUAUUGUAGAUUGUUUUUGUAUGGCUCUAGAUCUUAAUCCUGAUCAUGAAACUUUGUUACUAUCCUUAACUUUUGAAUAAAAUUUCUCCCAGUGACA